AUGGCCGAGUUUGAUGUACAAGAGUGUUACAAGGUUGCUAUGGAGCUUGUCAAAACAGCGGGCAAGCAUUCUCCCUAUGGAUCUCAUUAUCAGAGUGCUUUUUCGGAUUCGGCAUCGGAAAUCGCCAAUCUGAAAGCUACAAUUAAGGACAUGAAGUCCAAGAUGGCUGACUUCAAAGUGGUACGUGAAGCUAUCAACAAAAAGAAGAAUAUUGAGAUAAAAAGUUGUGCUAUUGAUUUGGUUACCGAGUCCGAUAAGGCCGUAGAGAAGCUCUUGAUAUCUGGUCUAUCUAGUUCAUUCCCUGAUCACAAACUUGCAAAGUCCCUCAUAUUUGCUGAAAUGGGAUCAAGUCAGGAUGCAGAAAAAAUGGAUACAGUUAUUACCAACUUGACUACUCUUUUGCCCAAAGUCCAUGGGUAUGUAUAUUUAUUAUUCUUCAUGUAG